AUGCGGCCCACUGCGUCCAGAGCGCCACCGCGCCGGGCCACGCCGCGCCCGAUGUCCGAGUCUUCGGACGAAUCUCCCCCAACAUCGCCACCACGGCGCGCCGCGCCACCAACGCCUCCACGACCCUCGCGCCGCUCGAUCUCCCCGUUCUACGUGGACAGCACUGGUCGCAGGAUCCCAUGUUCCGAAGCUCCGCCGGCCCGACUGGACUUUCUUAACCCGGGCUACACGGGACCCUAUCGAGGCUCGCAAAACCCGGAUGCGCCGGGUCAUUCUCGAUGGUACCCCAACCCGGGCACGCCAGGUCACUACCAGGGGACCCACAACCCGGCCGCUUCAGUGCCACCGGCACGAGAACGUUACAGUCCGUGCAGCCCUCGCCAGCAGGGCCCUGAGCCAGACGAGGACGACGAGGAGGGAGGCUCUCUAACCUCCAGUCCGCCUGCCUCUCCGCGCGACAGUGAUGCCACACCUCCGUACUCCGGGUACCACGGGGAAGGAGCCAGCGAGCAGGACGACGAUGACGCUCAAACUAUCAGCAGCGACAGCGAGCCCGACGGUGAUGCCCCCUCGGCGGCACACUUCAUCUGGGAGGGAGAGGACCGAUGCGGCUACUGGCGGGGAUCGUGGAUCCAGCUGAUCCAUACCCACUAUACCUCAAUCCUCAUCGAGGCCCCCUUCCGGCCGACUCCCGACCCGAUCGUCACCUUUCCCCCGUCACCGGAGAGGCUAUGUGUAAUGGCCCCGGACGAGGACUGGGAAAUGGACAUGGGGAACACCCCCGAAGUCCGUCCGCCGUCGCCAGCACUGGGAGAGGAUGCGGCCCUACCCAUCUUCCCCGGCGACCGGGCAGAUGCUAACGCCCCACUGGCGUCCACGAGCCAACACGCGCCCCACAUCACCGACGAGACGUACGACAACGCCCCACUAGCAUCCACGAGCCAAGGCUCGAUUCACACCGCCGACGAUCCAGACGAGCAUGGCUACCAGCCCACCGGAAAGGCUAUGCAGUGGGAAUCCGAGUCUAGCGACAGCGAGACGGAGACUGGACAAAGGUUCCGACGCAAAGAGGUGCGACCCCGGCCGCCGCCGGACGUUGGUGCACCAAGCCACCAACCCUCGGCCCACCGCCGUGUGAUGUCGACCGAGAGGAACACGCCGCCCAAUGCUGCCGAGACCAUCCGCCGGGCAUCGACCCACAGCCGCGCCACGAUCGACGGUGAGGUCACUCCACCGACAACCCCACGUGUCGACCCCGGAGAUCGCGGAUUCGACCUCUCUCCAGGCACGCUGGACGUGCUGAUGGAGGAGCUCGAGCCGGCAGUAGAAGGUCUACUUCAGGAGCUAAUCCCAGACUGGGACCUGAAUGCACCCUCGACAGCGCCAGCCCAAGCCACCGCCGCCGACGAGGUCCCACCUCCAGCGCCACGCUUCCCUCGCCAAGUCCCUGCGGGAGACUAUUUCACGACCGACGAUCCGAUGCCCGCGCGAGUCGCCAUUCCAGCCGCUUGGUGGACCAACACCCCCGACCGACGGGUCCCACUGACGGUUUGGCAGGAGAUUGAGCGCCGAAGCUACGCCGCCCGUUACAGCCGCCAACGCUUCCGCGUCCGCACCCAGGAGGACCCCUACCAGGUCACGAUGAAAACUUCAGGAGAGGUCCAAAUUCGUUUCGGUUCGGCGUAG